AUGAUCAGACCUAUCUCAUGUAAUAAUAGUAAUGAUACCAUUCCUAAAUUAUGGGUGCAUGAAUGCGCUAGAGUUUUCUGUGAUCGUUUGAUUAGUGUUUAAGACAAACUUUGGUUUUACAAUACAGCAGUUGAAUUAUUAAUGAGGUACUUUAGUGUUAAUAAGGAUGAUAUAACAAGCAAUAUAUUGUUUAGUGAUAUUCUUAAAUUGGAGGCUGCAAAUGUUUUAUAUGAGGAAGUUACAGAGAAGAGGAAAGUGAUUGUGAAAUCUUUGCAAGAUAAAUUAGAUGAUUACAUGAUGGCAACGAAUGAUAAAAUGGAGUUAGUCUUUUUUGACGAUGCUCUAGAACAUAUCCUAAGAAUAUCCAGAAUCUUCAGACAACCCAGAGGUAAUGCAAUGCUAAUAGGUGUUGGUGGAUCUGGAAAAUAAAGUCUCACUAAGUUGGCUUCAUUUCUAAUGAGAUCUGAGAUCUUUUAGAUUGAAAUUGUCAAAACCUAUAAUGCUGACUCUUUCCGAGCUGAUUUAAUUAAAAUCCUGAUGAAGACAGGAGGAGAAAGAAUUCCAUUGACAUUUAUAUUUAAUGAGGCUCAAAUUGUCUAAGAGAGCUUCUUAGAAGAUAUUAACAACAUUCUCAAUACGGGGGAAGUCCCUAACUUGUUUGCUAAGAAGGAAGAUUUGGAAUAAGUAUACAACACUGUAAGACCCUAAGCAAUUAGAGCAAAGAGACUAGAUUCCCCUGAAUCUCUGUGGACAUUCUUCGUCGAAGGAAUCAGAAAUUCAUUGCAUAUUGUAUUAUGCAUGAGUCCUGUAGGCAAUCAAUUAAGAAUUCGAUGCCGUAAGUUCCCAUCUUUGGUAAAUUGCUGUACUAUAGAUUGGUUCACUCAAUGGCCUAAGGAAGCACUACUAGAAGUGGCCAAUAAAUUCUUAGACAAAAUACCUAAUCUGAAAUAAAAGGAAGAAUUGGCAUAGAUGUGCAUGGAAGUCAAUCUUUAGGUAGCAAAUCUGAGUGACAUAUAUUAGAAAGAAUUGAGAAGAUAAGUUUAUACUACACCCAAAUCAUAUUUGGAUUAAAUAUAACUUUAUGCUGAUUUAUUAAUAUAAAAACAAUAGGAACAUGGAUAGGUUUAAAGAAAAUUGGCUGAUGGAUUGGAUAAAUUAUUUGAGGCCAAUAAAACUGUGGCUAUUUUGAAAAUAGACAUGGAAACUAUAUAACCUUAAUUAAUUGAAUAGUCUGCAAAAACAGAAGAAUUUUUAAAAUAAUUAGCAAUAGAUUAGAGCGAAGCCAAUCUCAAAGAAAGAUUAGUAAAUGAUGAAGUCCAAAUUGUCAAUCAGUAAGCAUCAGAAAUUAAAAUAAUAGCAGAUGAAGCAUAGACUGAAUUAAAUAAAGCAUUGCCUGCGAUGAAAGAAGCAGAAGAAGCACUAAAAAAUAUCAACAAAAAUGAUAUUACAGAGAUUAGAGGUUUUAUCAGUCCUCCACCUGUUGUUUAAUUGGUGUUAGAAGCUGUUUGCAUAUUAUUGUAAGAGAAGACUGAUUGGAAUUCAGCAAAAUAAGUUAUGAUCAGUGGCGAUUUUACGGAAAGAUUAACGAAAUAUGAUAAGAGUUAGAUAACUGAAUAGAUGUUGAAGAACCGGAAUUUGAUCCAAUUUGUGUUGCUCAAAAAAGUCAAGCUUGCAAAAGUCUGUGUAUGUGGUGUCGAGCUAUUGAUAAUUAUUCAAGGGAUUGUUAAAGAGGUAGAACCUAAGAAAAGGAAGGUUGCAGAUAAGCAAUAGAUUUUAGAAGUCAAAAACAAGGAAUUGGCACUAAAACAAGAUGAAUUAUAGAAAGUUAGAGAUAGAGUGGCUAGAUUAUAGAAAGAAUGUGAUGAAACUGUAGAAGGAAAGAAUUUAUUGGAGAAAAAAUUAGAACAAACAAAGAAAAGAUUAAUUGCAGCAGAAAAGUUAACAUAUUUAUUAGCAGAUGAAGGUGUAAGAUGGAAAGAUUAAAUUAAAUUGAUUGAGCAAGUCUUGUAGCAAGUUAUUGGAGAUGUUUUCUUGGCUGCUUGUACUGUUAGCUAUUUAGGUGCAUUUACUGGUCAAUAUAGAGAGUAAUUGUUAAAGAAUGCUAUUGAAAAAUUGAAAGAAUUAAAUAUUCCUUUUUCAGAAAAUUAUUCCUUAUCUUCCACUCUUGAGAGUCAAAUCGUUAUAAGAGAUUGGAUUAUUAGUGGAUUACCUAAUGAUGCCGUUUCGAUUGAUAAUGGAGUAAUUGUAACUAGAGCUGAUCGUUGGCCUUUGAUGAUUGAUCCGCAAGGAUAAGCAAAUAAAUGGCUAAAACAAUUCAAUAAGGAGUUGAAAGUUAUGAGAUUCACAGAAUAACAUUUUCUAAAAGGUUUAUAAUAAUGCAUUAGUUCUGGAUAUGAAGUCUUAUUUGAAGAGGUUGAAGAGAAACUUGAGCCUUCUGUUGAUUCAGUACUUUAGAAACAGAUUAUUGAAGUUGAUGGACGCAGACUCAUUAAAGUCGGAGAUUAGAAAGUCGAUUAUCAUAAUUAAUUUAAAUUGUAUUUCACUACAAAAAUAGCCAACCCUAAUUAUUUACCAGAAGUGUUUAUUAAGACUACAGUGAUCAAAUUUAGUAUCACCUUUGAAGGCUUGUGUGAUUAGUUAUUGGGUGAUGUAAUGAAGUUUGAGAAGCCAGAAAUUGAAAAGCAAAGAGAUGAAAUCAUUAUAAAAAUGAGUAAUGCUAACAAACAACUCAAAGGAGCCUAAGAUUCCAUUUUGGAUUUGUUAGCCAAUGUAACAGGAAAUAUUUUAGAUAAUGAAUAAUUGAUCCACACUCUUGAAGUCUCGAAAUUUCAGUCUACGGAUAUUCAAAGGUCACUUGAAGAAACCAUCAUAGUGGAAUAAUAGAUCAAUGAAUCUAGAAAUCUCUAUCAUUCAGUAGCCAUAAGAGGAACAAUAUUAUAUUUUGUUAUCUCAGAUAUGAGCUUAAUCGAUCCAAUGUAUCAAUAUUCUCUGCAAUAUUUCAAAAAACUCUAUAAUAUUUCUCUGAAUCUUACUCCUAAGACUGAUUUGCUUAGUUAGAGGCUGCUUUACUUAGAAGAGACAAUUACUUAGACUGUCUUCAAAGACAUUUGUCGAGGUCUAUUUUAAUAGCAUAGAAAGAUCUUUUCAUUCCUCAUCUGUGCUUAAGUUCAGAGAUAGAAUGGUUCCGUUUCAAAUGCAGCAUGGAAUUUAUUAUUAAGGGAUCAGAUACCUUCAACUCCAAUCAUUAAUCCAGAUAAGGUAUACUUGAAGGAUUCCCAAUGGAAUUUAAUUUUAUGUAUCUAAGAAUAAAUUACAGAAUUAACUGAUCUAUCUUCAGAUAUCAAAAACAACUUGUUGUAUUGGAAAGAGUUUACUCAAAUAGAUGAUAUCUAUUAAGCCUCCUUCCCAGCUCAAUCUCCUCUAGCAGUCUGUUCGACUCUCAACCCUUUCUAUAGAUUGUUAAUCAUCAAGGCUUUAAAACCAGAAAAGAUUAUGUUUGGCUUGACUGAGUAUGUGAUUGAAAUGUUCGGAGAAUUUUAUAUCAAUUUAGCUUCCUCUUCCAUGGAUGAAAUCUAUCAAUCAUCCGAACCUCAUACUCCCAUAAUAUUCAUAUUAUCUCCAGGAGCUGAUCCCACUUAAACAUUAUUUAAAUUGGCAAAAGAACAACAAAGCUAGAUAGAUGUAAUUUCUUUGGGUUAAGGUCAAGGGAAAAAGGCAGAACACUUAAUUUAAAAAGGAUAGAAGGAGGGAACCUGGGUUAUGCUUUAAAAUUGCCACUUAGCAAGAUCAUGGAUGCCUUAAUUAGAAAAAUUGAUGGAAUCUCUCACAUCACAUCAAAUUGAAGUCCAUAAUAGUUUCAGAAUCUUUUUAACUUCAAUGCCUGCUGCUUACUUCCCUGUAAGUACACUACAGAAUGGUCUUAAACUUACCACAGAACCUCCUAGAGGAUUGAAAUCAAACUUGCUGAGAUCCUACUAAGAAUUUCAGCAAGCAGACAACCAAUAAAAGCUAUUCAAAUAAUUAUUUUUCAGCAUUUCCUUCUUUCAUGCUAUAGUGUAGGAGAGGAGGAAAUUUGGACCUCUUGGAUUCAAUAUUUCUUAUGAAUUCAAUGACUCUGAUCUGGAUAUAAGUAUAUAAAUGAUGAAAAUGUUUAUAUCCUAAGAGGAAGAAAUCCCAUGGGAUGCAAUGUAAUUUAUGAUAGGGCAAAUUAAUUAUGGUGGAAGAGUCACUGAUGAUUAAGAUAGAGUAUGCUUAACUUCAAUAUUGAAGAAGUAUUUAGGUGAUCAUAUUGAAAACAAUGUUAAAUUCUCUAACAGUGGCAUCUAUUAUUUGCCAGAAGAUGACUAUAUUAAUUAUAUCUCCCAAUUACCAAAUUAAGAAGAUCCUGAAGUAUUUGGAAUGCAUGAAAAUGCAAACAUUGUGUUCUAAACUUAGGAGAGCCAAAAGAUAUUAGAUAUCAUCUUAUCCAUCUAGCCUCGUGUGAGUAGUACGAGCACUUAGAAAUCGCCUGAUAUGAUUGUUAUGGAAAAGGCUAUUUACUUUUAAAGCAAUCUUCCAGAACUCUUGGAUAAAAAUAGUUGUCAUCAGAGACAUUAUUAAAUUACUGAAAAUGGCAGUGUUUAAUCUUUGUCAACAGUGUUGUUUUAAGAAAUAGAUAAAUUCAACAGAUUGCUUGAAUUAAUCCAAUCUACUUUAGUUUAAAUGUAAUAGGCAAUAAAAGGCUUAGUUUUGAUAUCCUCGGAUUUAGAUGAAAUGUAUUUAGCAUUUCUCAAUAAUGCCAUUCCUCCUAAUUGGAUGAAAUAAUCGUACUCUACUUUGAAACCACUUUCCAGUUGGUUCAAAGAUUUGAUUGCAAGAGUAAACUUCAUUCGAUCUUGGAUGGAGAAAGAUUUCAUUCCUGCCUAUUGGAUGUCUGGAUUAUUCUAUCCACAAGGAUUUUUAACUGGAGUAUUAUAAACUCAUUCUAGAAAAUACAAGAUCCCAAUUAAUAAACUCAAUUUCAAAUUUAAGGUGUUGGACAUAGAACAAGAUAGGAUCAGAGAUGAAGUUAAAGAUGGAGUCUAUGUUUAUGGUCUUUAUUUGGAAGGAGCACGUUGGGAUUACUAACAUGAAACCCUAAUUGAAUAAUAAGUAGGCUAAAUUUAUUUCCCUCUUGCCAUGAUGUAUUUCUAACCAAUGGAGGAAUACUAAAUUGGCGAUGAAUAUUAUAAUUGUCCUUGCUAUAAAACAUCGAAUAGAACAGGAGUUCUCUCAACUACAGGUUAAUCUACAAACUUCAUUUUGUCUAUUGAUUUGAUGAGCAAAAUAGAGAAACCAGAAUAUUGGACCUUGAGAGGAACAGCUCUAAUAUCUUAAUUAAAUGAUUGA